CGAAGCGUUUGCUCCGUCGCACGCGCACUUUAAUUCAAAUUCAAAUAAUGAACGGACAAUCAAUUAUUUAUUGAAUCUUGUCGAUCUACUACGCUUCUAUAAUAUCGUUAGUGUGUUAUACAAUUUUGUUACUUUUGAUUGGGACUGUUGUCUUAAAGAGACUAUUAUGGAGGGUCCCGCAGGACCAUCAUGUCGCCUGUUAAGCGAUGACGUGGCAGGGCACAGUCAAGACACAAAUGACAACUGUCAGAGUGACAGCUGUCACUGUGACAGGACACAGGCCGAGGUAAAGAUAAAAAGCAAGAGGUUCGGAAGAGGAGCAGUUGAGUCAGGUCUGACACACGAAUGCGGCGUGUUCGGUGCUAUAGGGACGGGAGAGUGGCCGACACAAGUCGAUGUGGCACAGGUUAUAUGUCUUGGCCUGGUGGCGCUGCAACAUCGAGGUCAAGAAUCCGCGGGAAUAGUGACGUCAGAGGGCAAGAGCGCUCGCACCUUCAACUCGCACAAGGGCAUGGGACUCAUAAACAACAUAUUCAACGAUGAUGCCAUGAGGAAACUGAAGGGGAACCUGGGGAUAGGACACACGAGGUAUUCGACGUCGGCCGCUAGUGAGGAGGUGAACUGUCAGCCGUUCGUGGUGCACACGGCGCACGGCGCGCUCGCGGUCGCCCACAACGGGGAGCUCGUCAACUGCAGCAGUCUGAGGAAGAUGGUGUUGGGUCGCGGUGUGGGUCUCUCCACUCACUCGGACUCGGAGUUGAUCACCCAGGCGCUGUGUCUGAACCCGCCCGAGGGAGAGACGGACGGCCCCGACUGGCCCGCCAGGAUCAACCACCUCAUGAGGCUGGCUCCGCUGAGCUACUCGCUGGUGAUCAUGCUGAAAGAUAAGAUAUACGCCGUCCGCGAUCCUUACGGGAACAGGCCGCUGUGCCUCGGGAAGAUAUUACCGCUCGGAUCAUCCUAUGCCUACAAAUCCUCAUCAUCGAAGCAUGCGGCGGUUUUGUUGAACGGCUGUGCUAAGAACGGUAUGGACGACAAGCCCGAGGGCUGGGUGGUGUCGUCCGAGUCGUGCGGGUUCCUGUCUAUUGGCGCUCGUUACGUACGCGAGGUUCUUCCCGGGGAGAUCAUCGAGAUGUCCCGCCGCGGCAUCAGGACAGUGGACGUGGUGGAGCGACCGGCCAUGAAACAACAAGCCUUCUGCAUCUUCGAAUAUGUCUACUUCGCACGGGCUGAUAGUAUUUUUGAAGGUCAGAUGGUGUAUUCCGCUCGCUUGCAAUGUGGCCGCAUGUUAGCGCGCGAGUCUCCUGUAGACGCGGACAUCGUGUCUUCCGUGCCGGAGUCAGGAACCGCCGCCGCUCACGGAUACGCCAGACAGUCCGGGAUCCCGUUCAUGGAGGUGCUGUGUAAGAACCGUUACGUGGGCCGCACCUUCAUCCAGCCCUCGACUCGUCUCCGGCAGCUCGGCGUGGCCAAGAAGUUCGGCGCCCUGUCCGAGAACGUGCGCGGGAAGCGGAUCGUCCUCAUAGACGACUCCAUCGUCAGAGGCAACACCAUAGGACCCAUCAUAAAACUCCUGAGGGACGCCGGCGCCGCGGAGGUUCAUAUCCGGAUAGCUUCUCCGCCGCUCAAGUACCCCUGCUAUAUGGGGAUCAACAUUCCCACAAGAGAGGAACUUAUCGCUAACAAGAUGGACCCCUUCAAACUCGCUGAGCACGUCGGCGCCGACAGUCUAGAGUAUCUAAGCGUGGAGGGUCUGGUGAGCGCGGUGCACUACAACAUGAAGACGACGCCCAGCGACGGCGUGGGCGGCCACUGCACGGCCUGCCUCACGGGCGACUACCCCGGCGGGCUGCCCGACGACGCCGACUGGUGAUGGACUCUAUCACCAGCGGCAUAAGGACCGAUUUCCUGAAUACAAAAUAUGUGAUGCUCUAACACCGAUCUUCCUCGCCCACUGUUCCGACCUCACCCUUGGCGAGGGGAGACCUAUAUAUUAUAUUAAUGAUACGUACGACUGGUUGUUGUGAUUCAUAUCGAAGCAGUUUUGGUGUUGCCAAAGUCUCGGUACAUUACGACUUUUAUUUGCGCGCACUGCACUACGGUAUGACGGUAAUUGUUUUAGAUUUAUGUCUACAUUAAUUGUAUGUUUUAAGAAUAACGUUAUUGACAUUUCUUUGUUAUUGUAAAAUGUCAAUUGGUUGCUACGGAAGCGAAUUGUUAAAUAUAAAAAAAAUGACAGAUACGGCGUCGUGACAUUGACAUGUGACGCGUCCGCAAGGAAAUUGUAUAAUCUGUUUUUAAAUGAAUUAGGAAAUGGCGGCCAACGUUUGUUAUUGGAACGAGUGUUGAAAUACAGAUCGCAGACACUUCUCGAAGUGAUAUAUUUUUUAACGUUAUAGCGUUUACAGACGUUACUCUAGGUUACUACGCGUUAUAUAUGAUAGUAAACAGCUAUGAAUAGCUCGUAUGAAUGGACUUUGUUUCCGCUUGUGCCUUUUAUGUUUAAGAUUGUAUUUUAUAAAUAAGGAUUGCGUGAGUCGUGCUGGAUUCGACUUUUGUUCGAGAUCGCAUUACUUCUAUGAUUUUUGAUGGCAUGAUGUUUAAAAUAUAAAAAUAUUACUCAUAAUGUGCUCGCUCACAUCAUACUCCGUGUGACGCUAAGAUGACGAUGCGAUUAUUUUUCCGCACCAUAGAGACUGAAUAAAAAAAAUUCUCUACUCUAUGGCACUUCAGCGGGGUGAACUCUUAUGACUAUGAUUUUAAUUGAAUUUUCUAGAAUAGUUUAAGAUCUGAAUUAUAUUAUGUUUUAAGACAAAAUUAUCAUUCCGAUGUGUAAGGUAGGUUGUAAAGAAAUAAAAUUAUCGUGCUUUAGGGAUUCAUAAAGAAA